AUGGAUGUGAUUCAUCUCAGAAGAGGUGCAGACUUGGAUUCCAGUAAAACUCAUUGUGAAUCCAGGAGUUCACCAUUUGGAGCAGAAUUCAAGCUAUGUUAUGUGGCUAAUUGUCUGGUCGUGCUAAGGAACAGACUGCUCUUUCACCCAAAAAAAGCAUUUGCUUCGUUAAUGACUGGCCGAGUUUUAAGUUUAGUUUCAAAACUCCCGAAAGCAUCAGUGCUAUUUAGACUUUUAGUUGCGAAUGAUAUCAAUUUCUUCAACGAUGACUCAAAUGGUGUAGGGAAAGGAAUGAUCCCUUAUGCCUAG